UGGAUACAUAGGCUACUUUGUUACCCCCUGAAUGUGCAACUUGAAACGGGACUUUAUCUUGACAUCAGUUCGGUGGCAACAGCAAUGCGUCGCAGUCUUUCUGCUGCCUUCUCAUAAUUGGCUGAACAAGCAGUGAUGCUCCAUCCACCGCUAACCUUGCCCGGGAUCAAAGAGGAAAGCAUGAGGAGCGCGCGCAUCAGGACGUCAAAACGCUAAUAACAGAACAGGUGGAAUUUGCAGCGUUUCUACGAUUCUCUCUCAACUGGGAACAUGUUUUCCCACACCAUGUCUGUCAGAAUUGGGAAGGAAUGUCACCAAUGAAUAUCUGUCAAAUAAUUGACUGAAAACACCGCGAGUCUCUUGUAGCCGUCUUGGCUAUCAGCUUCAGCUUCUGACUCCGUGUAUAGUAGCUCACCCGUCAACUGAAAGGACGAUACACGGACCCUACUAUCAUGCCCGCAGAAGUCAACGACCCUGAGAGCAUUUUGAGCUACCAGAGGGCAGAUGAGGAAGUAGUAGUGGACCAAGGAGGAACCAGCUCAGUCCUCAACAUCCACUAUGAGAAGGAGGAGCUAGAGGGCCACAGGACUCUGUUUUUGGGGGUGAGUAUGCCCAUGGGUAGACAGAGCCACCGCCACCACCGCCCCCAUGGCUCACGCCACCGCAAGAAGGACAGGAGGGCAGGGAACGCUACGCAGCAGGACGAGGAGGGAGAGGGGGCCUCAGCCUCUCAUGACACUCCAUCCCAGCGUGUCCAGUUCAUUCUGGGGACAGAGGAGGAUUCUGAACAUGUGGCCCACGAGCUCUUCACUGAGCUGGAUGAGAUCUGUGUCAAAGAGGGCAAGGACGCAGAGUGGAAAGAAACUGCCAGGUGGUUGAAGUUUGAGGAGGACGUGGAGGAUGGAGGAGAGAGGUGGAGUAAGCCCUAUGUGGCCACGCUGUCCCUCCACAGCCUGUUUGAGCUGCGUAGCUGCCUCAUCAACGGCAGUGUGCUGCUGGACAUGCAGGCCAACACCAUCGAGGAGAUCGCAGAUAUGGUGUUGGACCAACAAGAGGCGUCCCAUGAGCUGGACGACAGUGUGAGGCUGAAGGUAAGGGAGGCCCUGCUGAAGAGACACCACCACCAGAACGAGAAGAAGAGGUCAGGCCAUCACCAGCUCAUCCCUGACAUGGUGCGCUCAUUUGCCGAUGCUGGACGCAAGCACUCUGAACCCCACAUGGACAAGAGCGGUCCAACUGUCUCCCCCCAGCCUCCCCCCACCAACAUAGAGGUAAAAAAUGGAGCCAACCACAACAACAGCCAAGUGGACCUUAGCAAGGUGGACAUGCACUUCAUGAAGAAGAUUCCUACAGGAGCCGAGGCCUCUAACGUCCUGGUGGGAGAGCUGGACUUCCUGGAGAGACCUGUGGUGGCCUUCGUACGCCUCUCCCCUGCCGUACUGCUCACUGGCCUCACUGAGGUCCCCAUACCCACCAGGUUCAUGUUCAUCCUCCUGGGCCCAGACGGAAAGGCUCAGCAGUACCACGAGAUUGGCCGCUCCAUGGCAACCAUCAUGACUGACGAGAUUUUCCAUGAUGUGGCAUAUAAAGCUAAGGACCGCAGUGACCUGCUGGCUGGUAUAGAUGAGUUUCUGGAUCAGGUAACCGUUCUGCCCCCCGGGGAGUGGGACCCAUCCAUCCGCAUCGAGCCCCCCAAGAGUGUCCCCUCUCAGGAGAAGCGGAAAAUUCCAGGGAUGCCCAACGGUACGACCUGCCCUGUGGAAGAGGAGUUUCACGCAGAACAUCAUGGUCCUGAGCUCCAGAGAACAGGAAGAUUGUUUGGGGGUCUGAUCCUGGACAUUAAGCGGAAGGCUCCGUUCUAUCUGAGUGACUACAAAGAUGGGUUGAGUCUUCAGUGUGUUGCCUCCUUCCUCUUCCUCUACUGCGCCUGCAUGUCCCCAGUCAUCACCUUCGGAGGCCUGCUGGGGGAGGCUACGGAGGGACGCAUUAGUGCCAUUGAGUCUCUGCUGGGAGCAUCCAUGACAGGAGUGGCCUACUCUCUGUUUGCUGGUCAGCCUCUCACCAUCCUGGGUAGCACAGGCCCUGUCCUCGUCUUUGAGAAGAUCCUCUUCAAGUUCUGCAAGGACUAUGACCUGUCCUACCUGUCUCUGAGGACCUGUAUCGGCCUGUGGACGGCCUUCCUGUGUCUCGUCCUGGUGGCCACAGAUGCCAGCUCCCUGGUCUGCUACAUCACCCGCUUCACAGAAGAAGCCUUUGCUUCCCUUAUCUGCAUCAUCUUCAUUUACGAGGCUCUGGAGAAGCUCAUCCACCUGGGGGAACACUACCCCAUCAACACCCACAGCGACCUGGACAAGCUCACACUGGCAUACUGUCGGUGUGCAGAGCCUGAUAACCCCAGUAAUACAACCCUGGAGCUAUGGAGUCAGAAAAACAUCACUGCUUCUGCUGUGCCUUGGGCCAACCUUACUGUCAAGGAGUGCAUAGAUCUGCAAGGCCACUUUGUGGGUACAGCUUGUGGACACCAUGGCCCCUACACCCCUGACGUACUCUUCUGGUCAGCCAUCCUCUUCUUCGCCACUGUCUUCAUGUCAGCGUUCCUCAAAGAGUGUAAGACCAGCCGAUAUUUCCCCACCAGGGUGCGGUCCAUGAUCAGUGACUUUGCGGUCUUUAUCACCAUUGUAUUUAUGGUCAUGCUUGACUUCCUGAUUGGAAUUCCCUCGCAGAAGCUGCAGGUGCCCAGCAACUUUAAGCCCACCCGAGAUGACCGUGGUUGGUUGAUCAACCCGAUAGGUCGAAACCCGUGGUGGACAGUCCUGGCUGCCUCCAUCCCUGCUCUGCUCUGCACCAUCCUCAUCUUCAUGGACCAACAGAUCACCGCUGUCAUCAUCAACCGCAAGGAGCAUAAACUACUGAAGGGCUGUGGCUAUCACCUGGACCUGCUGAUGGUGGGGGUGAUGCUGGCUGUGUGCUCCAUUAUGGGCCUGCCCUGGUUCGUGGCAGCCACCGUGCUCUCCAUCUCCCACGUCAACAGCCUGAAACUGGAGUCAGAGAGCUCGGCCCCCGGGGAACAGCCCCGCUUCCUGGGCAUCAGAGAGCAGAGGCUCACAGGCCUGGUCAUCUUCCUACUGAUGGGCCUCUCUGUCUUCAUGACUGGGGCUCUGCAGUUCAUUCCCAUGCCUGUCCUGUAUGGAGUAUUUCUCUACAUGGGAGCCUCGUCUUUGAGGGGGAUACAGGUAAUAUCUUACAAAGCAUGCACUUCUACAGCAGAAACACAUACACACACAUUUGUUGCCAUUAUAAGUCACUGUCAUACAAUUCCAAUGUUAUCUUCUUUCAUCUCUCAGUUUUUUGACCGUCUAAAGUUAUUUGGUAUGCCAGCCAAGCACCAGCCAGACUUCAUCUACCUGAGACACGUUCCCCUGAGGAAGGUGCACCUGUUCACCAUCACCCAGCUCACCUGCCUGGCCCUGCUCUGGAUCAUUAAAACCUCCAAGGCUGCCAUUGUCUUCCCCAUGAUGGUUCUGGCUCUAGUGUUCAUCCGUAAGUUGUUGGACCUUUGCUUCACUAAGAGGGAGCUGAGUUACCUGGAUGACAUAAUGCCUGAGAGCAAGAAGAAACAACUGCAUGACGCCUCCAAGAAUGUUGACAUUGAGCAGGAUGAGGAGAUUCUGGGUACAGCAGUAGAGGAUAAGACCUCAGUCCAUAUCCCCAUGGAGAGCAGCAAGCUCCUGCAGUUCCCCAAAACACACGACCCCAGGUGUGACCCUUCUGAUAUUAACAUAUCUGAUGAGAUGUCUAAAACCACCGUAUGGAAAUCCCUCAACGCCAACCAAAAGGACAGUCGCAUGGGGGCUGCUAAGAAGGAUUGAAAUUGAAGGUCUGGAAUUUAUAGAUCAGUGAGAGUGGAACCAGAUGACUACAGAGGCUGUGAGCUACACUUCAAUAAGCCAGACCCAUAGGUCAUAGAGCAUUUCUAAUGCCCCCUUGUGUUUUGGCUCACACACAUCUUUAACCCAUACACCUCCUCUACAAUACCGGGACCCCAAGAUUCCUAACGGCUGCUCUCAUACACCCCCAACACCCACACAUUCCCUCAAACAACCACAACCAUAACAACAGUAACAACAACAACAAACCUUCAGAACAGCCUUGCUGUGUCUAUGAGAAUGCUCAUUCAAACCCAAACCAGGUUAUUUUUUAAAUCACAGUGACUCUACUAGUAUGUUAUCUUUACUUUAAAGAUUUGGUCUUUUUCUUUACUGUACCAUAAGUGUGUUUUCUAUAACGUGGUGUUCUUGUCAAAAUUAUUUUUAAAUUCUAAAGUAUAUUAUUGGAUCAAUAAUGUAGAGAUAUUUAACUUUGGACAUAAAAUCGGUGUCUGUUUUUGUGCAACGUACGAUAUGAUAAUAUUGCUAGAAGAGACCGUACUUCAGUUCAUCCAGUGAAAUCAAUCAUUUGAUUAGGCGCUAUAAUAAUCUGUUACUUUUGUGGAUAUAUCUGUGUUAUAUAUAACUGUUCAAAUUGGAAGCUCCUGUACAGAAUGUAUGUGAUCUUCUGUUUCUGUCCAUGUGUUUUACCUCAGUCGACCUCUUUGGAAUUGGGAACUCUUGUCAGGCAGUAUUGGUAGGACCUUAAGUUUUUCCAGAUCAUGUAAUCUGGGUUGUUCCUGAUCAGGUCACAUGGUCAGGAACAACACACAGCGCCUAAGUAUGGGUAACACUGUAAAAUGUUAGAAGCCAGAGGGGAGUAGCAGUGGAGCCUAGAGCAGUACAGGACCACACCUAGAAAUGACUCACCGAAAUGGCCAGAAUACACACCUUUUGACUGUGUGUGUGCAUUUCUGAGAGUUUAAUAUAUGGGCAUCCAUAAUUCAUCGGCAAAACCAAUAUGAGCAAUAAAUUAGCCCAAAUGAAUGGCCCUGUGCAGAAGAUCUACCUACCACUGAAUCUACCUACACUAAACACACUUACUGGACCUGAUUGUAGAUGUUUCAAUGACCUCCACGUUUUGAGGACAUUUAAUUUCAUUGAUAAACCUGUCCAUUUCUUCUCAAAGGUGCAUCAUUCCUCCUUACUCUACUCUCUUCUGUUGAUUACUGAUCUCAGAUCUGUAAUUAUAUUAAGGAAUGAAGGAAGGAUGUAUUUGAACAGCACCCUAAUCCAGUAAAUUGGGACCACAUCCCUUAC